AUGCAUAAAUUAGGAGAAAAGGCAUUGGAGAUUUUAAACUCAAAAUUCAAACUGAGCGAGGAACAUGAAAUCGCUGUAUUUCUUUGGCCCAAGUUCAAAAUGCUGAAAAUGUUUUUCCAAGACUCUGGUGACCGUUCUCGGAUAAUAAAUAAUAUUGAAAAAAAGCUUUUAGAGAUGGAAACUAGAGACCAAGAAUUAAAUAUCAAUACCAUUAUACCAAGUAACUUUGAUGACUCAAACAGACCAUCAUCAUCAUCAUCCAUGUUUUCCGAAUGGGAAGACAGUCUAAGAGAUCAUGAUCUUCCACAGUACAAGUUUAAAAAAGAGUUGGAAGAUUAUAGAGAAGAAAUUUUUGAUGUUGGUGAUGAUCACAUUUUAGAUUUCUGGUCAAAAAAAAUGUCAAGAUAUCCAUAUUUAUCAAAACUGGCAAGACAGAUACUAGCUACACCAGCUUCUAGUGCAAGUAGUGAAAGAUCUUUCAGUAUAGCUGGUAGAGUGAUCGAAGAGCGUAGUAGUUGUCUGGACGGAUCAACAGUUGAUGCCAUAUUGUUUUUGAACAGUUUUCACUCUCAAAAGUAA